AUGUCAAAUCCCAUCUCAUGUCCAUCACCAACCAUGGGUUGCUUGAUCUUGGAGCCACAGAGACAAAGCCCGCCUGAGAUGGGCACCCAAGCGAAUGGCAAUGGUGAAAGAAAGGGGGGACGCGUCGGCAACCGUUCAGGACGAGUCUUCACCUGCUUCCCCAAGUUGCCUCCAGAAUUGAGAAACAGGAUCUGGAAGGAACAUUGCGGUGACUACGAGCCUAGAAUCAUUGAUCUCUGGCUCAAGGAAAGCUCCACCAAGGAUAACUUGAUUUAUUGUACUCAUUCUCGAGCACCCGCUCUCCUCCAUACGUCCAGAGAAGCCCGCAGUGUUGGACUCCAACACUAUGAUCUCUUUCAGGAUGAUGAUGAUGAAGCACCCGCAGGGCCACGGAUCUACGUCCGUUGGGAUAGUGAUAUCAUCUUUCCUGUUCCCUUUGAUUAUGAAGAACCACAUGGCAACAACGAUCCUGAUGACAACAUGGAUUUGGAAAUGGCUUUGAUGGUCGACUUGGGUGAUUGCGAAAAUUGCCAAAAGAUCAAACGAGUUGCUAUACCAGAAAGCCAUACAAACUGGACCGUAUUCUUCUCGGACGCCAACAACAUCUCCGAAAUCCUCGUUUACGUUCCAAUUGAUGGCAGUACCUACAAGAGACUUGACAGAGUCGAAGAAUCCUAUGCUGAUGGUAUUCGUUUCAACAUUGAACUCACCGAAUUUCGUAGUCAGGGGAGAAUGACCGCAGACAAUGAGGAGCAGGAGAUGAUCAAGACGCUGGAUUAUGCGGUAGAGGAUGUCCAGAAGAACAUGGAACUGGAUCCUGACGUAUCGUGGGAUGAUCAUUCCGUCCAACCCAUCAUUCGGAAGAUGUCCCUGAAACUGCUGGAAUUGAGGCAGUGAUUGUCUAGGGAGAAAAGAAGCACAAAAUGCCAGUGAGGGGAGAUUGAUGAUGGCUGGGCAGAAAGUCGACAGGCAACGUCACUGACAAUACCAUGGGAUUCAGAACCACGAAGGGUCGAGGGUGUCCUUUUCGGCAAGCUCAUAGAUAAUUGAGAACGCC